AUGGCGCGAACCAGAGGAGCCAAGUCUUCCUCUCCUUCCAGCCGCAAACGAAUUCCGCGAGAGGAACCCGUUCCAGAUCCCACCUCUGAACCUCCAUGGCCAAAAGUUGUUUCCCCUCCGACGAAGCCCGCGCCGCAGAAGCCUCCGGCGAGGCGUUAUCUCACUAGGUCAGGGGGUCGGCCCCUGCAAAAGAGGGCCAGGGUUGAAAGCUUAGAGCCCAUAGACUUAACAGAGCAGUCUCCAGAGCCCUCUCCAGCGCCAUCUCUGGUGUCAUCUCCGGCACCACCAGCACAGCCUCAGGAGCUCCAACCGCCACUUUCUGAACCCCAAAUUCCAUCCGGGGUAGCUCCUGAAAUGAUAAUUAUGCGUCUGAUGCUCACUCAGCCGCCAAUAGAAGGGAAUUUGGACUGCAGAGCUGAUGCCAUUCCACUUCUCUUUCCACGGCUGCUAUGCCAGAUUCUGGAGCAUUUGGGGUAUCCAUCAGAUCCUAAGUUGGAGCGCAAACAUAUUUGCCGAGAGGUCUUCACUCUCGACAAAUGGAACAAUAUGACAACAUAUAGAGUUAAGCAGCCAGGGCAGCCACAACCAGCUGCAAUACCAACUACCAGGAGAGCAUCUCCACGUCAUAUACCUGAGGGUAUACCUAUUGCCUCUCCUAUCAUAUCCAGAGCCCCUCCAGUCACUCCAGCCUCAUCACAGCCAUCUUCUUCAACUGAGCCCAGGAUGGCCAUUCCCAUUUCUGAGUAUAAGGAGUUAUGUCGCUCACUGUAG